UCUCCCCACCCCUUUCUGGGGCAUUUGAUUAGGGAUAAUGUUGGGUGAAGUUUCUUUGAGAGUCUCAGACUACAUCUCCCAGCAUCCCAUGCGGCCAGCACUUCCUGUUUCGGGUGUUGUUACCACGGCAACCAGAAUACACAUCUCACCCUGCAGAGACUCAGAUAAUAUGGAGGAUCUGGAGGAUGGUUCAGGAGAAGGACAGAUUCCCGAGACUGAGGAAGAUAUUCUGACUGAGGAGGACCUGAGGGACAUACAAGAGGACCUGUCACACAUUGAGGUCACCAAUGGGGACAGUUCACAUUUCAGGGAUCCGGAUGCUGUUUGGGAUAACGAGUCGUUCCCGGAGUCAUACCGCACCAACUCCCUGAAGGAGCAGACCCUGCUGAGCCUGGCCAACAACUUCUGGCGUCAGUACACCCAUCUGUACCCGGACCGCAAACCACUCCUCAUGUGUCUACUCAAUGAGUGCGGACUGGAGAAGUUUGUCUGCACCACACUACAGCCAACUCUCCUGCCGUACUCUGACUUGUAUAACUGGAGGGAGUGCGCACGUUUCGUGUCAGAGUUUCUCAGCAUGGAUCCCAUGAACUCCCCCAUAGAGCUGCCACGUACUCUCUUCUCCUCAAGCUCAGUCCUGCAGAGACAGAAGGGAAAUUGCUUUGAUUUCAGCAUCUUGCUGUGUUCUCUGCUUCUUGGGGCCGGGUACGAUGUAUACUGUGUCAGUGGAUACGCCAGUCGGGAGAUGUGUCUUAUGGAUGAAUCACGGGAAGUGUGCCCCCUUCUGGAGAAAACAAAAGAGAGCAAUGGAGAGCCCCCCAAGAAGCCCAAUAAGAAGUACAGCGUAAGGCCUCCCAGACAGCUGAUUAGUAGAUUUGAGCUGGAGCAGGAAGCCAAGCACCAGGCAAAGAUCCAGGCCAUGCACCUCAAAGAGCAGGAGGAUGAGGAACAGCGUCAGGCGGAAGCAGAGAAGGCUGGUCCUGACCCCCUGUAUGGACUCCGGGUUCACUGUUGGGUUCUGGUUCUGUCUGGGAAGAGAGAAGUUCCUGAGAACUUCUUCAUUGAUGCACUGACUGGCAACGCUUACCCAACGAAAGAUGAACAUUUUCUAGGGAUCGAGACUGUGUGGAAUCAUGAGAACUACUGGGCCAAUAUGCAGGACUGUCACAAUGGCUGUAAGGACAUGACUUUUGACCUGGGUGACCCUGUGUGCUGGGAAGUCAUGUUGAUGGGUUCUUCAAAGCCUCUUCUGCUUAUCCCAGACAUGGAGGAGGAAGACAUAGAGGAGGAAGAGGAUGAUAACCAGGAUCAGGACAGCAGGAAGAUAUUUCAGAUGCCGCCAUCCUGGACAUUGCCCAUUGUCAUCACGCCGAAAGAGUUUGAGAUGCGUAGUCCUCAUGGAAAGAAGCUUCUACAAUACAAGAAAUCCGUGUUGGAGAAGUGGGCACCAUACCUGCAAAAGGAUGGACAAGUUGCCUGCCUCACCAUAUACCAAGACACUAAGUAUUCUUUAGAGGUGGAGGUCCAGAGUUGGUUUCAGAACCGAAUGGACAAAUUGGAUAUGAGGCAGCAGAAGAGACAGGCUGGAGUGACCACAGAGUACUUCUCUCCAGGCCGCAGUGACGCUUUAAAAGUUCAUACGUAUCGCUUGUUAGCACCAGAAACAGAGCGCACCAUGAUCUUCUACAGCAAGGCCCGUCUGGAUGGGCUGGAGCGGCGUGAAGAAAAACCAAAGGAGAUGACUGAGAUUUUCCAAGGACGCACAGAUUUCCUCCACUGCAGACACACCGUGUUUGGAAAACGGCCAAAGAAGGUGGCCAUUGCAGGAGGACCUAUGGAGGCCAAUCCAAGACCAGUCUUGAAAAUUACAGAACGUUUCUAUAGAAACACAGAGAAACCAGCAAAUGAGGAUGUGGCAGAGCGUGUUUUCCUCAUUACAGAGGAUCGCAUAAAUGUGCGCUACCACCGGCAUGACGACCACAUUACCACAUCCUAUUGGGAGUUCCAGAAACCAUCCAACCUAGGAGAGAAGGGCUUCUCCAUUGUCCUGAGCCCAGAAUCGUGCAUUUCCUACCAGGUGGAGUCCUCUGAGAAAUGUAACAAACAGCUGUAUGUCUAUGAAACACUUCUGCACCUCCAGCAGGGGGAGCUGAGUGCCAAGGAAGCCGUAAGGAGAGCUGAGGCGGAGGUUCUGGAGAUCCUGUCUGUCCGGGCUCAGGAAGAAUCUGAUCCGCAGCUGAUGAUCUCCAUCUAUGACACAGAGCGGAACGAGAAGAGCAAAGAACAAAGAGAGGCACUGGAACGUGCUGCUCAGGAAGAGCGCCUCCAAAGUGCGUUGCUGGAACAGGACUACUUAGCGCCAUUCUUGGCACGUUUGGGAGAUCCAGAGAGACUGACCCGGGCCCAAGCCCAGCAGGUGAAAGAAGACUGUCUGCGUGACCUGAAGCAGAGGCUUAUUGAGAAGGCCAAUCUUAUCCAGGCACGCUUUGAGAAGGAAACCCAAGAACUUCAGAAGAAGCAGCAAUGGUACCAGGAGAACCAAACUUCCAUGACCCAGGAAGUCCAGGACACCUACACAGAGUACUGCUCGGAGGCCAUGUUCCGGAUCCAGAUCCUGGAGGCCCGUCUCACCAGGCACAAGGAACUUGCCCCACAAAAGUACCUGGCUCUAGAAGAUCGACUAAACAAGGACCCGAGAUUGUGUGAGGGGCACAUCUCACCGCAGCCUGGAGGCCACCAAUGACAAGCCAGUCCUUUGCAUUCCUCUCUUGUGUCUCUAACUGCUAAAUGUAAAUUUUAAUAAAUAAAGAUUAGGAAAAUGUU